AUGGUAUUUGGUAUUACCUAUGCCGUGUCUUCAUCGCGUGUAGUCAAUAUUACGAUGCGCAAUCCAACUGCAGACAAAUUCAAGAAGCUUUAUGAUCAAUAUCCAAAUACACUUAAAUGUCCUUGUUCAUCGCUUACUGUACAUGUAUUUGGUGCUAAUUAUUAUUUGACACAAAAUGUUUUAGUUGAAUAUUUUAUAAACGAUGGAUUGUUAUGUUCAUCAAGUGAUUUUUUAAUUAAUCUUAUUGUGAAUUUAUUUAAUGAUUUGCUAAGUAAUAUUCAUUCGAGUAAUGAAGAUAAAGAAGAAAUUAGUUUAGAUCGUCGUUUAUGGCCAGCAGCAUCUGAAGGUUAUAAUAAUGUAUUUAUAUCUGAAAAUGAAAGCUUAAAUAUUAAUAAAACAAUUGAUAUGAUACGUGAUCAAUGUAACCGAUUAAUUGAUAUUCAAACAGAAGCAUUCAAUCAAUUUUUUUAUAAUACAAAGAUCAACAAUUUGAUUAAAUUUCUACAUGUUACAAAAUCAAUACGUGGUAUUAAAUUAGAAUAA